AUGGCGGGGAGGAGGCACUCGCUCGCCAUGCUGCGUGCCCGCGUCACGUUCAGCCGCCGCUCGCUCGCUCCACUCACCGUCUCUGCCUCCUCUCGCGCAGAUCCGCGCCUGGCCAAGACCAUCGCGUCCCUCUUCCUGGACUCUGGGGAGCCGUCCUUCGCCAACUCCUCGGCGCGGACGACGCGCCACGUGGACUGCGCUUCCGACAGCCAGUCCACCGAGUCCGAGGCCCCGGCGACCGACGACUUCGCGAACACCAUCGUCCGGGGGCUCCGCUCCGACGACCGCCUCCUCUUCGAGCCCCACGGGCCCUCCAGAUCCAUCCUCGAGAGGAAGCCUCCGGCGGCGCCUACCCUGCGGCCGCGAGCGGCAGCGUCCUCCUCAUCCUUUGUUGACGGCGUCGCGGUGGCGUUCGACUCCGCCUACCCGUACCACGACUUCCGGGCUUCCAUGCAGGAGAUGGUGGCCGCGCACGGCAUGGGCGACUGGUACUGGCUCGAGAGGAUGCCAGCGUGGUACCUCGGCGCCAACGGCAGGGGAGAAAAUUAG